AUGGUGACCGUCUACCUUCUCUCGUGCUCUGGCGGCGUGGCGAUCCGCCACAGCCCACCAAUCAUGUCUCUUGCUGCACCUCAAGCAGCUUCGGUGCUCGACCAAGUGGCAAGUGGGAUGGCUGCGGUCUCUGAAGGCCUGACGUCGCUGUCGCUGAUGCCAGACAUUCUGUCGCUCCCAGACGGCCUGUCGCUCCCAGACGGCCUUUCGCUGCCGUCGCUCGCCGCCGAGCUUGCGGUCGCCGCCGAGCACGCUGGCUCUCUCGUGCCGCCGGAGCUCUGGAGCAACGCGCCGCUCUUCGGCACGGCGCUCACGCCCACGGCCGCCCUGCUCCAGCUCGGUGUGAUUGGCGCUGCCGCUGUCGGCGGCGCAAUCUCCCGCGCAGAGCUGGAUGGCGAGGCGCCGUACGCGCCGGGGACGGACUCGUACGACCCGGCCGCGGCGGACGCGUUUUUCCGCGCGCGGCCGCUGCUAGUGGCCAAGCGCCUCUGCUCUCUCAGCUACCUGACGGGCGGCUUCACGGCUGGUGUGCUGUGGGACUGGCUCGCGCUCUCGAUCCGCACCGACCUCAUCCCCGAGGCGUACGCACUCGAGCUGCGCCAGCUGCAGGACGCGGUGCCGCCCUUCCCCUCCUCCGAGGCGUUUGCAGUGCUGCGGCGGCAGCUGGGCGUGCGAGACCUCACGCAAAUCUUCGGCGAGAUCACGGCGGCGCCGGCGACGCUGCGGGAGGGCGAGACGCAGGUGGCGGUCAAGGUGCAGCGGCCUGGCAUCCUCGCAGAGAUCGCCCUCGACCUGCACGUGCUGCGGCUGCUCACGCCGCUGCAGACGAUGUUCCAGAACGCGGUCAACGGCGUCCAGACGCAGCCGGAGGACAUCGCGGUCGCGCUGCAGCUCGUCGAUGAGUGGGGCCGCGGCUUUGCGAGGAACACGGCGGGGUUUGCUGCGUCGAUGAAGGCGCGCGGCCUCGACGCGGUCUGCGCGCCGGUGGUUGUGGAGCGGCUGGUGCGCGAUACGGUGUUGGUGACCGAGUGGGUCGACGGCUCGCGCCUCGACUCCGACGCGUCGCCCGACGUGCCGCGGCUGUGCGGCGUCGCGCUCAACGCGUACCUGACCAUGCUGCUCGACACGGGCCUCUGCAUCCUCGACUGGGGCAUGACGCUCGAGGUGCCGUCGAACCUGCAGUAUGCGCUCCUUGAGUUCAUCGCGCACCUGAACGUCGAGGACUACGACGCGGACUUCAUCAACCUCGGCUUCUCGCCGGAGGGGGUGUCCGCCGAGCGGCUCAAGGCGUCCGGCAUCACCGACGGCCUCUCCUUUGCCUUUCGGCAGCUGAGCGCGGGCGGCGGGCCAAAGAAGAUUGCCGAGCGCGCGCAGCUCGCCUCGGAGGGGGUCGACGUCAAGGGCGUGACCAACGUGAUGGAGGAGGUGUCGCGCCGCAACCGCGAGCUCUUCGCGCUGCCGCCGUACGUCCUCUACGUCGCACGCGCCUUCUCCACCCUCGAGGGGAUCGGCCUCUCGGUCGACGAGGACUACGCAAUCGUGCAGGAGUGGUUGCGCUCUCCUCCACAAGUCUCAGUCGACGCGUUCAAACCAGCCCUCGGCCCAACAGAGCACGGGCUGGAGUGCUACCCCUACCUCGCUCGCCGGCUCUUCACCGACCGCUCGCCGCGCUCCAAGGCGGCCCUGCGGGCGAUGCUCGGCCUCGACGGCCCGGCGUUCCGCGAGGCCACCGCGGCCACCGCGACGGUGGACCGAGGCGCGGGCCAGUCGGAGGCGACGCGUGAGCUGGCCGGGCUGCUGAUCCUAGAAGCGGAAUACGUAGCCAUGCAUUCCAACCAGCUGCUGAUCGACCCGGAGGGGUCGACGCUGCAGGACAUCCUUGUGGAGGAGAGCGCACGGCUUGGCGAUGCCGCGGUGCGGCAGGCGCUGCGUACCGCCUUGGUGGACACGCCAGCCUCGCUGGUCGCGCCCCUCGGCCUUAAGCCGCCGCCGGCCCUCGAGGCGCUCCUGGCGGCGACCGACGAGGACGAGCGCGCCCUCGCCACCGCGUCAGAGAUCGCCGAGCUUAUCGGCCCGCGCGUGCGCCAGGAGCUGGGCGCGGCCGCGAGCGAGCCGCCGCUGCCGACCGCCGUGGCCGAAGCGGUCGGCUCCCUCCUCGCGGAUGGAGGCGCACGCGGCGACGUGUGGCGCGGCGUGCAGGGCGUGACGACUCUCUCUCGCCGCGUCGGGGCGCUCAUGCUGCGCCGGGGCGUGCAGCGCGCCGAGGGCACUCCCGGCUUGCCAGCGGCGGCUCGAGAGGCGAUCAUCAACGGCAACAAGGCGCCGGCGGCGCAGCGGCUGCGGCAGCUUGCGGCGCGCCUGCGGGAGGGCGUCGAGGUCCGCGGUGCCCUCUGGGGAUGA